AUGGCAAAUUUGAGUUACAUCAAAAACUUCAGAUUCAGCAGCUCGGCCAAAGACGAGCUGGGUUACUGCCUGACCUCAGUCGAGGCUGCCAUUGAAUACAUCCGCCAAGGAAGUCUCUCUACGAAGCCGCCUGACUCCGAGGGAGUUGGUGACAGACUGUUUCUCAAGCAGAGGAUGAACUUACUAUCCCAGAUGACAUCAACACCCAUCGAUUGCCUGUUUAAGCACAUUGCAUCUGGUAACCAGAAAGAGGUGGAAAGACUUCUGAGCCAAGAUGACCAGGACAAAGACACCAUGCAAAAGAUGUGCCACCCUCUUUGCUCCUGCGAGGACUGUGAGAAGCUUGUCUCUGGGAGGUUGAAUGACCCAUCGGUUGUCACUCCUUUCUCCAGAGAUGACCGGGGUCAAACACCCCUCCAUGUGGCUGCCCUCUGUGGUCAGGCAUCCCUCAUUGACUUCCUGGUCUCCAAAGGUGCCAUAGUGAACGCCACCGACUAUCAUGGGUCCACUCCCCUCCAUCUGGCAUGUCAGAAAGGCUUCCAAAGUGUGACGCUGCUGCUGCUGCACUACAAGGCCAGCACGGAGGUGCAGGACAACAACGGCAACACCCCGCUGCACCUGGCCUGCACCUACGGGCACGAGGAUUGUGUGAAGGCUCUGGUCUACUAUGAUGUCCAGGCCUGCAGACUGGACAUCGGAAACGAGAAAGGAGACACAGCCCUGCACGUUGCUGCACGCUGGGGUUACCAGAGCAUCAUAGAGACGCUGCUGCAGAAUGGAGCCCCCACGGAGAUCCAGAACAGACAGAAAGAAACGCCACUCAAGUGUGCACUGAACUCAAAGAUUCUGUCUAUCAUGGAAGCCCAUCAGCUGUCCUCUGAACGGAGGCCAAGGCCUUCUGAGGUCCCUGCGCUGUCCCCCACAUGCUCCGUGGAUUCCAUCAGCCAGGGCUCCUCCACUUCCAGCUUUUCUUCCAUCUCGGUGAGCUUCAGGCAAGAAGAAGUCAAAAAGGACUACAGGGAGGUAGAAAAGCUUCUAAGAGCGGUUGCUGAUGGAGAUCUCGAAAUGGUUCGCUACCUUUUGGAGUGGACGGAGGAUGACCUGGACGAUGUGGAUGAGGCCAUCAGCACGGUGGAUCUUGAAUUCUGUCACCCCUUAUGCCAGUGCCCAAAGUGUGCUCCAGUCCAGAAGAAAUUGGCAAGGAUUCCUGCCAGUGGCCUUGGUGUCAAUGUGACCAACCAGGACGGCUGCUCUCCCCUGCAUAUGGCUGCCUUGCAUGGCCGGACGGACCUCGUCCCCCUCCUGCUGAAGCACGGUGCCUACUCGGGUGCCAGAAAUGCAAGCCAAGCUGUGCCGCUCCACCUGGCCUGCCAGCAGGGCCACUUCCAGGUGGUGAAAUGCCUCUUAGACUCCAGUGCAAAACCUAAUAAAAAGGACCUCGGCGGGAACACGCCUCUCAUUUAUGCCUGCUCUGGUGGCCACCAUGAAGUCGCUGCCCUGUUGCUGCAGCACGGGGCCGCCAUCAAUGCUUCCAACAACAAAGGCAACACAGCCCUGCACGAGGCUGUGCUGGGAAGGCAUGCCUUGGUGGUGGAGCUGCUUCUGUUCCACGGAGCAUCUGUUGACAUCCUGAACAAGAGGCAGUACACGGCCGUGGACUGUGCAGAACAGGAUUCAAAAAUAAUGGAGUUGCUGCAGGUAGUGCCAAGUUGUGUUGCAUCCUUAAACAAUGUCACUGAGGCCGACCACAAGGAAUGUGUGACUGUUAAGAUCAGAAAAAAAUGGAAUCCCAAAAUGUACAACCUGCCAGAAGAGCCUUUUAGAAGACAGUUUUGCCUCGUUAACCCUGGGGCGCGGUUCCAGGAAAGAACUUCAAGGGAAACUCUGGGAAGGGAUAGAAGUGUGCCUGAUCUUUCUGGAGGUUCUCUGCAGGAGCCAGAGAAGCAAAGAGUCUCGGGAAUUCAGAAUGACUCCUCAGACCAGAACAGAUGCCAGGCUUCUGAGGAAGGAAACAAGGGGCUCCCAGAGAGGCCUGUAUCAAGGCAUGCUCCUGGACACAGGCGGAUGGUCCGCCGGCAUACGGUCAAUGACGCAGCCAUACCCCAGCUUCCAGAGGUGACUGGCCACCUGAGUACCCAAGAGGGUAGUGUUUCUCAAUCUUAGCAGUAAGGGAUUGGUAAAUCUGCCACCGAGACAUGAGUUUGCAGUAAGAUUGGUGAGCAUGGAUACAACUUAGAACUAAGCAUACUUUAAAUAACCAGCUUGAGAGACUGUCCCUCGGAUUCACCACCCUCUCCUCUUCAAAGCUAACUAAUAUACUUGAAAAGGAAUAAGAGGGAACGAAAGAGCCCCUUCAGCUUAGUAUUUGGAUUUCCUGGUUAUGAGCAAAGGCUUCACACCAUCAGAUUCUCAUCUUUGGCUGGAAGGUGCUGGGUGUCUGUGGUGUGGAUAAGCGGGCAAACCCUAUGCUAGAAAGGUCUUCAUGUCCGGGAGACGUCAAGAGAAGCAAUGUCAGUCCUGCGGAACUGGAUGCCAGGCAGAGAAGCAUCCUGUUGGGGUGAAGAAGCGGAACCUGGAAACACUUGAUCUGGGAAGUGCCUGAAUGCCAUUUUGAUGUCCAUCCAUCCCACUGAAAAGGACCUGCCAUUUUGCCUUGUUCUACACAUUUGGGGAAGGCUGGCCGUCACCGUCACUUUCCCAACAACACGGACACUUGGGUCACUGCACGUGUGCACCUGUAGCAGUUUCUGCUCACACUCCUUUCCGUUAAGAGCCUCCCUGACAGCACACCUGACGGAUGGUUCCCGGAGAGCAGCUUUGGCACAUCUUAAAUCUUUUGAUUCAAAUUCAAAAUUUACAGCACAAGCCAGGUCAGAGUUUAAGUUAGAAUUCAUUGUCAUUGUUUCCUUUUUAUAACUUUCUAUAGAUUCUAUUAUUUUUUUAUGUUCCUGAUCCUAAAGUUGCAAACAUGGGUUCAUCCUGAGUCCGUUUUCAGAGAACUUUGUAAAGAGGAAAUGACUUUGUGCACACUCUUGGAGAUCUGUGUGGAUGUAUAGAAGGGAGGGGCUGAUUAUUUUUCUACAAAGUAAUUUAUGAUUUCUAAUUUUCUAAUGUGCCUUGGAUAUGUGCCAAAUGAUGGAAAAGAAAACAGUAAACUCUAUGAUUCUUGA